ACUGUCCCGGCGUGCUUCCGCCCUUCCCUCACGCAACCCGAGAAGCUGCCGCUGCUGCCGUCGCCACUCCGGAAGUUGUUCUGGCCGCCGGAUGUGACGUGGGGGCCAGGCGGGUCGGAGGGCCGCGGAGAAAGCGCCCAGCUGAGCGCCCGCAGGCCCGGUCUGAGGUCUGGCAGUCUGUGACAGAGCCGGGCGUUCACGGCCCGAGCGUCCCCGGCAGCACCAUGCCCGCGCUCCUGGAGCGCCCGAAGCUUUCCAACGCCAUGGCUAGGGCGCUGCACCGGCACAUCAUGAUGGAACGAGAGCGCAAGCGGCAGGAGGAAGAAGAGGUGGACAAGAUGAUGGAACAGAAAAUGAAGGAAGAACAAGAAAGAAGGAAAAAAAAGGAGAUGGAAGAGAGAAUGUCACUAGAGGAGACCAAGGAACAAAUUCUGAAAUUGCAGGAGAAGCUUUUGGCCCUACAGGAAGAGAAGCACCAGCUAUUCCUGCAGCUUAAGAAAGUUUUACAUGAAGAAGAAAAACGGAGGCGAAAAGAGCAGAGUGACCUAACCACUCUGACAUCAGCUGCAUACCAGCAGAGCCUGACUGUUCACACAGGAACUCAUCUCCUCAGUAUGCAGGGAAGCCCUGGAGGACACAAUCGCCCAGGCACCCUCAUGGCAGCUGACAGAACUAAACAGAUGUUUGGCCCCCAAGUGCUUACGACCCGGCACUACGUGGGCUCAGCAGCUGCUUUCACAGGGACCCCGGAGCAUGGGCAAUUCCAAGGCAGCCCAGGUGGUGCAUAUGGGACUGCUCAGCCCCCACCCCAUUAUGGGCCCACACAGCCAGCCUAUAGUCCUAGUCAGCAGCUCAGAGCGCCUUCAGCGUUUCCUGCAGUGCAGUACCUAUCUCAGCCACAGCCACAGCCUUAUGCCGUGCACGGCCACUUUCAGCCCACCCAGACAGGGUUCCUCCAGCCUGGUGGUGCCUUGUCCUUGCAAAAGCAGAUGGAGCACGCUAAUCAGCAGACUGGCUUCUCUGACUCAGUCCUGACUCUGUUUUCUGCAGUCUUCCCUGCGCCCUAUGCACCCGCAGGCUCUACAUCCAGCCCCAGGACUUCUUGCCUCCCCCCAGCUCCCUGUGCAGAUGCAACCAGCAGGAAAGUCGGGCUUUGCAGCCACCAGCCAACCUGGCCCUCGGCUCCCCUUCAUCCAACAUAGCCAGAACCCAAGAUUCUACCACAAGUGACCAUCAGAAUAUAUCUUCAACCUCAAAAUCCCCACCCUUCUAUGGGUGAUGGUGCCUAUGUGUCCCAAGUAAAUAAAAUCUACCUGCCACUGCC